UGAAACGUGGUUAUACGUCCAUAAAUGCUCGUUCGGCUGUUCACUUGCAACGAUUUAAAGGCAAUGAAAUCAAUGACGAUCUCACAAUAAUAUCUAAUGAUGAUGCUCAACAACAAUAUUCAAGCAACCGUAACCGAAACACUGGUGUUCGCAGUGUUGGAAAUUAUAAUUUAAAUGAUCCUCUGUGGUCCGAUAUGUGGUAUUUGAAUCCAGCAGUAUAUGAUCGUGGCUUGGAUCAUAAUGUACGCGAAGCUUGGGAUCUUGGUUAUACAGGAAGGGGUGUAGUUGUAACGAUAUUGGAUGAUGGUUUAGAGCGAACGCAUCCGGAUAUUGCUCCGAAUUAUGAUGCUAAAGCUAGUUAUGAUGUAAAUGAUCGUGAUGAAGACCCGACACCCCGGUAUGAUUACACAGAUGAGAAUAGGCAUGGAACACGAUGUGCUGGAGAAGUAGCUGCUAUUUUCAAUAAUUCAUUAUGUAUUGUUGGGAUCGCAUACAAUGCUCGAAUUGGUGGUACUAUUUUGGAUUCAUUUGUAGGAUUAAUAGUUGAAAAGAGGAUUAGAAUGCUAGAUGGUGAUGUAACCGAUGCGGUAGAAGCAACUAGUCUUGCUCAUAACUCCGACCAUAUUGAUAUUUAUUCGGCAAGUUGGGGACCGGAUGAUGAUGGCAGAACGGUUGAUGGGCCAGCGAAACUAACAAGAAGGGCUUUCGAAAAAGGUAUUCGUGAGGGUCGUCGUGGACUUGGUUCUAUAUUUGUUUGGGCCAGUGGAAAUGGUGGUAAAGAUGCCGAUUCAUGUAAUUGUGAUGGGUAUACCAACAGUAUUUAUACAUUAUCGAUAUCAUCUGCAACCGAACACGGCAACAUACCGUGGUAUUCGGAAGCUUGUAGUUCAACACUUGCUACUGCAUAUAGUAGCGGUGCUACUGGUGAAAAAAUGAUUGUAACAACAGAUUUACAUCAUUCUUGUACAAAUGCUCAUACGGGUACUUCGGCAAGUGCACCACUAGCAGCUGGCAUUGUUGCUUUAACUCUGGAAGCGAAUCCUAAAUUAACAUGGCGAGAUAUGCAGCAUAUUGUUGUUCGUACUGCUCGACCACUCAAUCUUCGUGCUGGCGAUUGGGUAACAAACGGAGUUGGAAAGAAAGUUUCACAUUCAUUUGGUUUUGGUUUAAUGGAUGCUGGUGGGAUGGUCCGGUUGGCUAGUAAUUGGACAACGGUUCCGGAGCAGAGAAAAUGUGUCGUCUUUUAUCCGGCAAGAUACAAAACAGUUCCACAUGGCAAUCGAUUACAGUUACAGCUUUACACGGAUGGUUGUGCCAGCUAUCCGCGUAAUAAAGUAGGAUAUCUUGAACAUGUUCAGGCAAUCAUCACUCUAACUGCACCAAAACGGGGUGAUAUACAAAUUUAUCUCACUUCACCAUCAGGAACUCGAUCAACUUUAUUGGCCAAACGAGCUCGUGAUACUUCAAGAACAGGCUUCAGAGAAUGGGCUUUCAUGACAACACAUAAUUGGGGUGAAAUGGCUGUCGGCUUAUGGACAUUAGAAAUCAAUAACGAUGGAUGGGAUGAUGCUGAAUUGAUUCGAUGGGAUUUAGUUCUUUAUGGGACAGCAGUAGAAGUAAGCAGUAUAGGUGGUACACCUUCCGCUUCAUUAUUGAUAACACGUUCAUUGUCCAGUAAAGUACGGACUCGUUAUGGUGCACUGUGGGAUGACACAUCUGCUGCAUCUAUCAUUAUUGCUUCCAGUAACAUAGCUUUACUUUCUUUACUCUUUAGUUUUACUGUGUUUUAUUUAUUUAAAUUUUCCAUCCGGUGA